AUGCUACCUACCAUCCUGUACAUAUAUAAGGAGGGCCCAAUCUGCCCCAAGAAUAACAGGUCUUUACCUACCUCUGCGCUUGCUUCAUACCAAGCUCCUUACCACCAGGUAAGCAGUAUAGGCGCGCUUCCCAGCAUGCUCAACAAUGCCAUCGGGUAUGUCCUCUCUGGGAUGCUGGAGAAGGAUGUGAAGGAUGGGGUGCCAGGGAAACGUGGUGGCCAGGAGCUGUACAAGGCGCUGAAGGCGAAGUACACUGCCUCGACCAGGGCCCGGCGCGUUGCUGCACGCAAAACGUUUUACCAAUGCUCUCACGACUUCCCCACCCAGUCGCUUGAGCAGUUCAUCGUCGAGGUGCGGGCCAAGGCGCAGGUUCUGAAGGAUAUGGGUAUCACCAUCUCGGACACCGAGAUUCUGGACGUCAUUCUCAUGAACAUCCACCAUGCCUUCAUCUCCACUACCACCAUCCUCGCGCAGACCACCGAGUCCAAGCUCAACGACGCUAUCUCUACCCUGACGUCUUCCCCUGCGCUCAACGUUGACGUCAUCAAGAAGGAGGAGUACUCUCCCAGCCCGCUGUUGGCUGCAAAUGCGGCGCGAGGGUCGCGUGUACCACGGCACCCUGAUGGUCGUCAGGCUAACCUGACUGGAGGAUGGGUGGACGACAAGGGCUACCGCUGGUGCAACGUCAACGGUGACGACUGCCAUCGUUCGCUCGCGGUCAUGGAGGCAGAGGGCGAACACCAGCACCUCGCCCAGUCAGCUUUUGGUGUGUACACUAUCCCAGCUCGUCGCUUGCCCUCCCCCGCUGCCUCUUGCUCGCCAUCCCCGCCGCUGCCAUCUGCCGAUGACGCCGACGAUGAUGCCUUCAAUUUUUCCGGUGCCGGUGGAUCGUGGGGAGCAGUCUCUAGGCUGUACACGUAAUGGUAGGAUUUGGCUGGUUAGGUGGGAGUUGCUGGAUUAGGUGGGAGUCUCUCUGCAGUCCGGCGCACAGGUGGGAGUGUUGGAGUUCGUGUGCUUGGACCGUCCCAAAGGGGAUACUUACCUAUAGUCACGUAUCACACUGUCACUUAACCUUGUCUCUGACCGU